AGUCUUGUGCAAUCACCAGCCCGAAGCUUCUGCCUGUGCGUAAUGAAUUCCUCCCCUCCUCUCCUCUCUGUGCCACUGGGUGUAAACGACCCUCUGCAACUUCUCAAGUUUUACCCGUUUACUCUUCACCUAAUGCAAAUGGGAGGUCAGAUAUUAUCAAAGACCAUCUGAAUGUCUUCCUCUACCUCCUCCCUCUUAACCCUCAGUUUAUACUCCUCAUAACUGAGAGUCAGGAAACAGCAGGGUUGAGAAAAACUCCUCAAAUUCCAGCUGAAAAGCCAGAAUGAGAAAUCUCUGCUAUGUCCAGUAUAUGAGGAGACUGUGGAGCCCAGCACAAACAUCCCAGCAAACAUAAAGCGACAAACAUGCAGAGAUCUGUACGCCAAAUGCAACACAAAAAGGUGAUGGAGGACAACAAGCCAUGGGCUCUGAUCUCAGAGGUGGGCGAACAAGGUUACCUUGAAGAAGUCACUGACAUAAUGAAACAACACUUUCAAAUCAUCUGCCACAAAGACUUCCUUCAAAACCCCCGGCUGCACGGCCCUAAAAUCCAGGUCAUGUUCUUGUGGAACGCCUGCCCUGCAGCCGAGCCUUCGCUGCUCAGUUUGCUCCCCUCGCUGAAGGUGGUCGCCAACGGCGGAGUGGGCAUCGAUCACCUGGAUGUGCCGUACAUCAGCAGUCUCGGAGUGAAGGUGACCAACACUCCUGGUGUGGUGAGCGUUGCCACUGCAGAUCUCGCAAUGGGUCUGCUUCUGGCAUCGGCACGGAAGAUCGUUGAGGGUCACCAAAUAGCUGUGGACCCAAAGACCACCCAUAUACCACAAAACCUGAUGGGAGUUGAAGUCACAGGGUCGACUCUGGGGAUUAUUGGAAUGGGACACAUCGGCUGCAAAAUCGCUCAAAGAGGCAAAGGAUUUGAUAUGAAGAUCCUGUAUCACAACAGGAGCAGGAGGAGUGUUGAAGAUGAGCAGGCAGUCGGGGCGAGUUACUGUGAGAACAUGGAUGACCUGCUGAGAGAGUCAGACUUUGUCAUGCUGGCGGUCAACCUGAGCCCUGAGACCAGGGGCCUGAUCAGCCACAGAGAGCUGUCCCUCAUGAAGCCCACAGCAACACUGGUCAACAUCAGCAGAGGUCAGGUUGUGGACCAGGAUGCUUUAGUCAAAGCUCUGCAGUCUGGAACGAUUCGUGCGGCAGCAUUAGAUGUGACUCACCCUGAACCUUUACCAAGGGAUCAUCCUCUCCUUGGCCUUCCUAAUGUGCUGAUCACCCCCCACGUUGGCACCAACACUUACGCUACAAUAAGGAGGAUGGUACAGAGGAUGGUAGAAAAUGCUGUGGCUGCAGUGAAAGGCCAAUCUAUUCCAAAUGAAGUCAAACCAAAAUGACUUCACUGAUGGUACCUCAUCUGCCUGUAGUGAGAAGUGUUUUCCUACUGCAAGAUGAAGUGCUUUAACUUUUUCAUAAAUUAGUUUUGGUUGGUUUGGUUGCCAUAAUCCCUGUGAUAAACAUGGUUUUUGUGUUACAUUAAGAUAACUAAUGUAUCAAUUAGCAAAUGUUGGAUAGGAAAUUACAUGAUGAUUUUAACACUUAAGUGUAGCCUUACGACUGUGUUUUGACCGACUGACUGUUACAUUAAAAUACAAUGUUUAUGUACAUGCUGUACCACCUAGAAUACAUUUCAAAAAGAUUUUUAAAAAGCUACCUCAAACUUUGCACCUUGCACACUUGACCUUCAUUCCUUCCAUGAUCCUUUGACUUGAUUAUACAAUGGUACAAUACAAUCUCUUAAGGAUUUUCUGUCCAACAAUAUCACUGUCUUGUCAAGUUCUCACUAUUAUUAACAACUGACGAUACAUGUGUGGGCAGUUGGAGCCUAAAGGUUAGAGAGUUCAGCUCGCAGAGUUGAAAUUCCUCUAAUAAAUUAUUUACUUUUUGUGAAUAAUAAACCGAUUGCAGCAUUUUUC